UAAAAAUUCGCUGUUAGGAGAAUCGACCUGGCAUCCGAAGUCGAGAUGAAUUGUAAAGGACUUAGAGAGUAGCUGGCUGGCUAAACAAAACGCCAUCGUCUUUUUAAGACAUUAGGCAGCAGAGAAGAUUUUGAUAGACAAAAAUCGGAUAUCUUGGAUUUGAACAACCAAGUCAGGGGAAAGGAAUUUACGCGGAUUUAUGGUGAAGCUUUAUUAUAUUGAAGAACUUGGACAAUAACUUGCCUGGAAGAAACAACAGCCAUUCAACAGUAAUAGCAAAAAACUUUAUCCGUACACUAUUCCUGAUAUAAGUGAUUUUGAAUUUUUUGCCAUUGGUCAAAAUUCCUGGGUUACAGCUUUUGGGUGAUAUUUUCUUUGAGUGAAAUCAACUGUGUUUAAGUCCCUCAUCAACGAUUCUGUUUUCACUGGUUCAACAUGGAACGAUUCGUGGWGCUGGUCAUGGUUUCAAACAACGUUCUCCCAGUCAAGGAAUUACAUUGAUACCUCGAGUUCUUUGAUUGAACAUUCGGAUUAAGUGUUCGAAUUGUUCGAUCGAGGCUUCGAUACUGCUGCGGCGCGCUUCCAAGUCAACACAAAAACUCUGUUUACAUAAGAAGAAGAAAUGCACUGCUUCAAAAGACGAGCUUAUUCAGUAGUCUAUUAAAUUUUGGAUUUAUUUUAGCAAAAAGGAACUCCGAUUAUCUGUUCUAGAAUGUACAAUGUUAGUUUCUAAUGUCGGUCGUAACUUGUCGAUUUCAACUUCAACACGGUAGCCGCUCAAGCUUUAUGAAAUGGCCCAAACAGAAUUGAUUUCGCAUUCAAAUGGAGCUUUUUCAUCUUUCCAACCCAAUCGCAUUAAUCCUAAGACCCAGUGUCGAAUUCAGAUUGAUACGAACGCUUUGCGAUGUCUUACUCAAACUCUAGCAGAUACGUACAAGAGAUGUGGUCUGAACGUCAGUGAACGCAUUUCUGAAACUACAACUGCGGCGAAGAAUGAACCCGCAUCUCAUAGUAACAGUGAAGGAGAUUACAAUGUUGUACUUCACGAGGAACUCUGUUCGGCUACGAGUCGAUAUGAGGUUUUGGAGUUCCUUGGACGCGGAACUUUUGGUCAGGUAUUGAAAUGUUGGAAAAAGGGAACGAAUGAAUUGGUUGCCAUCAAAAUACUUAAAGAUCACCCAAGCUACGCUCGGCAGGGACAAAUCGAAAUCCGAAUACUGGCCCAGCUAAGUGCGGAAAAUUCCGAAGCCUUUAAUUUCGUGCGCGCCAUAGAAUGCUUCCAACACAAAAACCAUACAUGCCUAGUAUUCGAAAUGCUACAGCAAAAUUUGUAUGACUAUUUGAAGCAAUCGAAGUUYAGUCCCUUACAGCUGAAACACAUAAGACCGAUCGUACAACAAGUACUCGUUGCCCUGUCGAAGCUCAAGUCUCUUGGAAUAAUCCACGCUGAUUUAAAGCCGGAAAAUAUUAUGUUAGUCGACCCCGAAAAGCAACCUUACAGAGUAAAAGUGAUUGAUUUUGGCUCAGCAACGCAUGUUUCGAAGGCAGUUUGCUCGACGUACCUCCAAAGCCGAUAUUACAGAGCUCCAGAGGUGAUAAUUGGCCUUCCUUUUACUGAAUCUAUUGAUAUGUGGUCUCUUGGUUGUGUCAUUGCUGAACUCUUUCUUGGCUGGCCUUUGUAUCCAGGCUCCUCUGAAUAUGAUCAGAUUCGGUACAUCUCCCAGACCCAGGGUCUUCCACAUGAYUACCUACUGAACAAUGCAACCAAGACUAACCGGUUUUUCAAGAAAUGUAUAAACAACCAAACCGGUUUAUUGGAAUGGAAGUUAAAGAGUGGGGGUGAAUACGAACGAGAAAGCAARAUACCRKCGAAGGAAGCUAGGAAGUACAUCUUCAAUUGUUUGGACGAUAUAUCCCAAGUUAGUUUAUCAAGURKUCUAACUGGAAACGACAGAAUCGCUGAGAAGAUUGACAGGUAUCAGUUCGUGUCUCUAUUGAAGAGUAUGCUGUCGAUCGACCAAGAGAAGCGAAUAACACCAGAUGAGGCUCUCAACCAUCCCUUUAUCACACUAUCACAUCUCAUCGAGUUUGCUCACACUARCAUUUUUAAGAUGGCUGUUAAAAACAUGGAAGUAUGUUGUCGAAACAGAGGACUUGCUGACCCAUCAACAUAUGCCGCUCCCACCAUAYUAGGCUAYCCCCCAUCUGCAACCUCGCCUUAUUUAUCCAUGGGACUGGGAGCCAGUGAGGGAGUCAUGCCUCAAGAUCAGAUUGGUCUUGUCCGACGAACGGACCCGUAUGUUGCAAGAGUUAAUUUGACAUUGCCUUCAUUGCAGCCGAUGCCCGCUGUUCAACCAAGAACCGAUUUCCUUCAACCUCAUUGCACGCCACAACAUGCGAUUCUUUGCCAACCCGAGAAUGUCUCUCCUAAAAAGCAUGUCUUUGCCAAUCAGCAGCCGCUUGGGCCCGUCGUGGUWUCCAUGGGYUUACCUAGYAACAAUCUACCAAUGGCAUCGWCGAAUGGACUUUAUGCAAAAGUGCCCAGUGCUCCUAUUCCAACAUGGCCGACUAACCGCUUUGGUUCAGACCCAGCACUACCGGCGCUUCAUCACCCAUGGGCAAGUGCAUUAGGUGUUGGUGCAGUUCAGCCGAUUCUACAGGAUGUUAUGCAAGGUGUUGAGAACCCAAGUCGACCCAUGAAUCCUCCGCCGUCGGGKACCUGGCGCGGUUCUGAUGAUAACGGCUAUAUAUCUGCCGAACCCAGUCCGGGGCUAUACCGAAUGGAAGGAGACGGCAGUGCAUAUGAUCGCAGACAUGAUCAUCGGCGUGGGCCUGGACAAGAGCCAUACAGACCAGCAGGCUCAGUUCUGUUUUCUGUUAUGCCCAUAAUGCAACAGCACUCAACUGUGGCACCCCCUGUUUGGAAUGGCCCUCGUAUUCCUACCAAUCUAUUUCCAUGGCAACUUCAACCCAUUCAAAACCAUCCGUUGCAUUCUGGGAGUUCUGGGAGUCAUACGUCACUACGGAGGACCCUUUCAACGCCGUGCAGGAAGAGAGUAAGUGAAUACCGGAGUUACUUCAAUGGGGAAAACCCUCGAUUCUCAGGGGAAACCCCAAGAGAAAGUAGUCCAUUGUUCAGUCAUGAAACGCCUUGUUCGGCGGGCGUUACCAAGACGACGUCUUCACCAAUCGAAAUCCCUGACAGUCCUUCUUCUCUUAGUGUCAUCACUAUUUCUAGCUCGAGCGAUGAGAUGGAGCCCAGUUCACUUGAAGCGAGCGGAAUUGAGCCAGCUUUGAUCACAUCCACCGGAAAUGACUUUACCACUUCCGCCGGAAAUGACUUUACCACUUCCGCCGGAAAUGUCGUAGAAGAUCAAGAGGAGCCCCAGGAACAAAGCCAGAAUGAGGACAAUUUUGAYGGGUUUGGAGACGAUGAGGAGGAGGACGACGAAGAUGAAGACGAUUGCGUUGUAACAUCGUCGUUUUCCGUCGGUAGUGCGAGUCCUGCGAUGAACGAUUUCUCAAACAGUCAACAUCCCAGUUACAAUGGAAACGCUGAAGAUGAUGACGUAGUGAGCUCAACGACCGAUAUGCCAGGAGUGGAUGGGUAUCAAUCUGAUCAUAAUACUGGUCCACUGCAGGGAAAUCAGGUCCAUUGCUCAGAUACAGAAAGUGCCGACGAAAAGGGCGACGYACACGACGACAUGAUGAACACGCGGAACCAUCGUCAGCGGCAUUCCCAUCAAAUAUCGACGUCAUCUCGAACUCGACCUAGUUCCCUGGGCGUCUUUUCGCAUUACUCAACUCCAAAUAUGCAGACCGCUGGCACUUUUAUAUCGACGGCUCUUCCGUAUGUGCCUCAGCAAACCUUACUCGUCCCAGGCCGUGAACAACGAUGUUGUGUAAGCGAUGURUACCAGGAGCCUGUGUUCUUAUUACCUCCUGCGCAUACUCARGUCAUGCAACAGCCGCUGUUCACUGGCGUCAAUGGCGCUAGGGUAACCACCGGAGCACAGGGUCACGUGCCGUAUACGUACGUCAAUCCCACAUCGACGACUACCGGGGCUUUUAUCACACCUUUGUCGCAAGCACCAGGUGUACUUCCCCGGGGAAAUCUACAAACCCCAACUCAGAAUGGAAUCCCMAUGACAGGGCAGAGUUUUCCUGGACAAAUCCCGUAUACCAACCAGAUGUACCAAACCCCGGUAUUCGGUGGGUUAAAAACUUAUAACAUUGUACCGAAUGGAUCUACCGGGCCGUACGGACCUUUCGUGGUGAAUUCAAGCCCAACAAAAGGCCGGCUGUUCUUUCCGUGAAUUGUAGUAAGUGAUAGAAUUUCUUAUACACGGGAUACCUGUGCGUUAAUAUAAAAUGUUUGGGCACCCUGUGCCACAUAGCCUGAGUCAUAAGUGAGCCAGAGUGAUUUUUAAAAAUAUACCAUAAUUUCUUAGUAGAAUUUUAGAUAUUUAGAAUGAACACCUUCAGGGUAUCCUACAUUUAUCAAUUAUUGGAUACUACCCUACAUUUAUCAAUAAGAGRAUACCAUUCUACAUUUAUCAAAUUGGUUGCCAUGGUGAUCAAUAUCGUGGUAUCCCGUAUGUACCACAGGGAGAUAUCUUAAAAUUMGCUCCCCUUUAGGGAACUUAUUUAGCUUUGCACUUGGAAUUGUGCAUUUUUCUAGUGUUUUAUCAUGUAGAAUGUAGUAGGGGGUUGAGGGGGAGUUUUUCUAUUGCAGCAAUCACGUGACUUAAUCAUAGUUGCUAUAGUAACCUAGUCGUGCUAUUUAUAUAUCAAAUAACAUUAAAUUAUCGCGUUUAUCUGCACGAGUUUUGAAAUUUUAAGAGUUUUAKCAGGAUGAGGUUUUAGAAUUUUAUUUUAUUKGCAAAAAAAUGAUACUUUUAUGGCUUGAGGAGUUUUAAGUCGGUUUGUGUAAGUGUGGUGUGUGUGUGGUUGUAUACUUUAAGUUGUAGACACGUUGUCGCUUGUAAACUGGUUGAGAGCGAAAUGCUGUAUGGGAUAUUUAUAUCCCGUCAAUCACAGCGGCCUUAGCAUUUCGUUGUAAUUCAAGUUACAACGUUUCUUUAACUUUCUAUACCAAUUUUAAUGUCGUUUUGGUCGUGUUAUAAAUAUAAACGGCAGAUGUUUUUUGGUAAAAUGGAGUAGUAUCCACGAGUUAAUUCUGUGCAGUUAAUACUGUACAUCUCGUGGAAAUUGCCCUAGUUCAUUAUGAUGUCACAUCAAAACAUUCUAUUGUUUUAACGCUAAGGAUUAUGGUCGCCAGAAGGGAUCAGAGUGACUGCAUGUCAAAUCAAAUGUACAUGAACAAUCAUUUAUACAUGAUAUAUAUCAAAACGCGAUUCAUUGAGGUUUUACUUUAGGAGACAAUAUAAAUGAGUCUAAAUUUCCACUGUUUUCGAGCAUCGUUUUCCGAUGUAAACAUACUGUGACGUCAUAAUGAAAUAGGGC